AUGUAUUUUAAUGAGCUAAUACUUAAAAUGAUAUAUGAAACUUUAAUUAUAUUAUAUAAUAUUUAAUAUUUAAAAAAAAUUUUAAAUAAGAAACUACAGCUGCAAUUGAAAUUUAUAAUAAUAGGAUUAUUAAACUAAUAAAUAAAAUAAAUACAUACAUAUACAUUGAUUAAAUUUCUUGAGAAGAAAUUUUAAGAAUAAAAUUAAGUUUACCUUUAGAAAUAUGAAUAGAAAAUAUCUAUGAUAAAACAGAGAAUUAAUUACCUAAUGGGCGUUUAACAUCUAUAAGUUAUUAUACCAAAAUUUUAUAAGGAACCUCCAAAUUUUUGGAACUAUAUUCUUAAUUUGAAAUAAUAUCCCUAAUUAAUUUAGCUUUUCAACCUUUAUUUAAUUAUAUUUAAACUAUAAAAGAUUUAGACUUGUCUUAUAAAUUUUACAAUAAUUUAACAAUUUCAUAUCUCCACAUUUCUAAAGUAAAAGAUAGUUUUUAUAUUAAUUUGAUGCUUUUACUAAAAAAAUUAAAUAAAAUCUUAUUCUUAAUUUAUUCAAAAUUAAGAAAUAGACAAAAUUUUAUAAAAAAAUAGAAAUUUUUUUAUCCAGCAUUUUAAUUAAAUAAAUUUAAGUUAAAAGUCCAUUUAAAGCAAUUGAUUUUUGAUGUUACUGAAAUAGAUAAAAAUGAAUUUAUAAUUUAAAUACUUGACAUAAGUGGAAUAGUAGUUAUUUUUAGUGGAAUACGACUUAUGAAGUAUUCAAUAUUUAAACUUUUGAUGCAAAGGAGCUUAUAAAAAAAUUUAAUUUAUUUAUUUUAAGUGACGCAUCCUUCAUUUUUAUUAAGAAACCAUUUCAUCCUAAAAAAAUUUUUCAGAGUUUAUGUUUGCUUUUAAUAACUAAUUAGGCUGGAUCUUAUGGAAUAAGAAUAAUGUUUGUUCAUAAUUCUUAUCCUUCUUUAGAAUUCAUAAUAAAUUAUUAUGGGUUUUGAGAAACUUAGCGAUAUAAUAUUGGUAACAACAUUAUUUCUAUAUCAUAUAAGAAUUAAAAUCAAGUUUUUAUUUGGAAUAAACAAAAUGAAUAUUGAUUAAUAAGGGUGCUCAAGAUCAUCAACAUUUUAAUAUCACUGCAAAAAAUGGCUUUAAUUCAAACUCAAUAAACUUUACCAUUAAUUAUUAUAUUGA